AUGGCACCAUCAGGAAAAGGCUACCCACCACCUAUCCCACGAGUUUUACGUAGCAAAUCUGGUGAAGGUUUGCCUUCAUCUCAAGCACCUCAACCACAGUCACCACAACCACCAAAUAAAGCUUCGAAUACGUUUUCGGGAUCCUCGAGAAACCCCUCCCCCACUUUCUCCAAUCUCAUUCCCAAAUCUACACCACGAGAUAUUGAUCCUGGAUCUGUAUCUGGACCUGCAUCUCAACCUCAGUCUCUUCAAGACACAACUAGAGCCAGCUCUAGAAUUCAAUCCCGAACCAGCUCUCGAGCCCAAACCGGAAGUUCACGACCCCCACCCCAAGAUAACUCGCUUCCAAGACCUCGAGAUCUUAUACCAAGACCUAGACCUAGAGCUAUUCCUCAUAUUAUGCCUAGACCAAGACUCACUCCGACGGAUAGAAAUUUAUUUUUGGGUCCAGGUCAAGGUCAAUUUCAAAUCCAACUUCAAGCUGAAGCACCGCCACGCAUCGACCCUCAGAUUCGUGUUCAAAAUCAGGAAUUCUAUACGAACUUUCCCUCUCCUUUUCCUACUGAAGAUUCUCCUUUCUCACAGUCCCAAACAACCACUCCACUUGCAAUUGGAAAUUCGCACCAAGGUAUCCACCGAGCUUUACAUCAACCUCAACUUCCAGCACAAGUCCACUCGGAAACUCAAAAUCGGGAUCAACAUUUCUAUAAUAAUUUUCCAUUUCCGUUUCCUACUGCGCACUCUCCUUUCUCUCACCCCCAAGCGAACCUUUCAUCCAGAGCUCAAGAUUUCCAUCGAGGCAAUCACCGAGAUUUAGUUCAAGCUUCAACUUCAGUACAAGCUCAAGAUGAGACUGAAAAUGAAAUCUGGACUCGAGCCAGCAAACGGCCUCGAUUUUCCUAUUCGCAUCCGCAUCCUAACAGUAGCAGGAACGAGGAGAGACACGGGGACGAAAACAGAGAUGAAAACAGAAACAGAGAUGGAAAUGAAACCUCCAAUGAAAUCGGAAUGGAAAAUGAAACUCAAAGCGCAACCCAGAACGAGCGAUACAAUCCCAUCGAUACAUCAGAAUCACCCCUCAGCACACCACCUGAUUCUGUAUCCACUUCACCGCCUCUCCCACCUCUUCGUAAUCUCCCACGCACUGGUACUUUUACACAAAGUCAGAGAUUCGACCGGUCUCCUACAAGUAGAACUAGAACCCGUGGUGGACAUAGAGCUGAAAAUGAAAAUGGAAAUGUAACCGCAAGUAGAACCGGAACUACAAAUCUCCCCUCAUCCUCCAAUCCCUCUAACUCCUACACAGAACCCUCCAUUCUUCCCAGCACCCUAGACAUGGCAAAUCGCCCUACUGCCGCGCAGAAAAAAUGGAUGUAUGCUGUGCGGGCGGAAGGGAGAAGGAGUGAUAGGAAUGAAAACGGGGGUUUAGUAGGGGAGUUGAGGGACAGAUGGUUCGUUUGUUUGGGGGUGUGGGGAGGGGGGUGUGUAGGAGAAAUUGAGGGUAUAGGGAUAGGGAAAGGAGAUGGGAGAUGGAUAGGGAUAGGGUAA